AUGGCAUCCACGGGGGUGGUGAUUUUCUGGGCAGCCCUUGUGAUUGCAUUGAUCUAUAUUCUGGGCAAGGCUGUCCAACGGAGCACUGUAGUCGAGUGCGAGGUGGCCUGUAGUAUAUCUCAAUUGCAUCGCCUGGUCUGCAACAGGGAGAAGAUGAAUGAACUGUCGCACUUCAUCAAAAAGGACGUGGUGGUGGAGACUCUUGAUGGUAAAACAAAAACGAUUAUGAAGCAGGAUAUAGUAGUUUACGGCCACUCGUUCAAUCCUACCAUAUCUCGGGAAUUCAGCACUAGCAAUAAGGAGGGAGAUCUGCGAUAUGAAGAACUAGAGGAAGCCAUAGGCAUCUUGGGGUCAAUGUAUUCUAAAAAGAGAAAGGUUACGUACGAGGUGAUCAGCCCUCACGUGACCAAAUACACAGACAACAUCACCAUCAGCACACCGUACAUCAUCAGCAAGCCCAUCGCGGCGCUGGUGGAGAAGAACUAUCGAUCUCUGGGCCGAAACAUCGUACAAUACGUGAAGGACAAGAAUGCCACCCGCAAGCUUGGAACCAACCUUGCAUUCACCCCGCACUCGUCCGUGGGCAACAGCGCAUCGGAUACAUCGGCCGGAAGCAGUUUAGCCAGCCAGGAUGGGCCAGAUACGAAGAAAGACAGCUGAGCGGAUAUAGCGUAUUUACCCAGCGUCCAACCCACCAAGUACGACGAUGGAUGUUGACAAAAUAUUGACUGCAUCAAUCAUUUGCACAAAUGCGGAGAGCACCAGCCAAACAUAUAAAUCUACCAGACAACUAGACCUGUCACGUGUAGAUGCCAACGCACAACGCAAAUACACCGGGCAACCACACCAGCAAGACGUAUUGCUCUGCGCGAUUCGAAGCAUUUACUUGCCUUAAACAUUUUGGGGCAUUGUAAGGACAAACAUCAUUACCUUCCACAUGCAUUAUCAUUCGAAUCAUGACAAUCACCUCCCUCAUUGGCAAGCGCCGAUUUCCCAUCAUGGUCAAUAUAUGUAGUUAUUGCCGCUAUUUGGUUCAGAAGUAGACAAAGCGUGCAGCAGCUGGCGUGCUUGCAGAGUGUCGUUCACUCUCAGGACCUGCACAUUUGUGAACUCCCUGCAGGUAUAGUGGAGUGCAAUUUCAGUUUAUUUAAAAAGUGGCAUGUAUCUGACUUCGAAAAUAGAUCGUUACGGUCUCUAUAAAGAUUCACGUUCGCGCUGAUUUUCCCAAGAAAACCGAAGUGAAAACACGGUAAAAGAAUCUCAUAA